GGCGCCGCAAGACUCUCUGGCGGGGUGCGCUCGGCACCGGAGCCUUGGCUAGCUGGCGGCCCUGCUUCAGUGGAAGCAAAAGCCCGAGGAAAGAAGUGGGCUCGACCUCUCUAAGGACCAGCUCCGCAGCAGCACACCGCCGCCCGCUCUCUGGCUUCGGGACCUCCCGCUGAAGAGAGAAGCGGGGGAGCGGGGAAGAAAAAAGCCGUCGCCGGGUUGCUCUUCGGAGGAGGGAGGGAGGACGGACGACGACCAGCCCGGCUCGCCUGGGCUGUCGCGCGUUGCCUGCAGCCUUUGAAAGGCUCUGCUUCCCCCGCUCGCGCCACUUCUCCCCACGCCCCGCGCGGCUGAGGAUGCGAGACUCCCGUCCGGUCGGCUGCCUCGCUCCCGCUUCCCGGCUCGCCGCGACCCCUCGACCCAGCCCGCCGUGCCAGCUGCUGGGCUGGGCGGGGGGUUGCUGAACUCUUUGCAUGGGGUGGUCGCCGCCGCCACUGGGCUCGGUCCGUCUGUCCGCUGCUGCGCCUGCUGCAGGCGCCGCUGGUGAAGAUGCCCCGGCAGGAGCUGCCAUUGCCCGAAGGCUGGGAGGAAGCUCGCGACUACGACGGCAAAGUCUAUUACAUCGACCACGCCACCAAAACCACCAGCUGGGUCGACCCGCGGGACAGGUAUACUAAGCCACUUACCUUUGCUGACUGCAUAAGUGAUGAAUUGCCAUUAGGAUGGGAAGAAGCCUAUGACCCUCAAGUUGGAAUCUAUUAUAUUGACCACAACACCAAAACUACCCAGAUAGAGGAUCCUCGAGUGCAAUGGCGGCAGGAACAAGAACACAUGCUGAAGGACUACCUUGUAUUGGCCCAAGAAGCAUUAACUGCUCAGAAGGAGGUUUACCAGGUCAAGCAACAGAGGCUUGAAUUGGCCCAGCAGGAAUACCAGCAACUUCAUGAUGUCUGGGAACAUAAACUGGGAUCUCAGACCAGCUUAGCCUCCAGUUCAUCAUCUGGCUCAAAAUAUGAUCCAGAAAUUCUUAAAGCUGAAAUUGCUACCACAAAAUCUAGGGUUAAUAAACUCAAAAGAGAAGUUGCUCACAUGAGACAGGAACUCCAAUAUAAGGAACAUGGUUUUCAAACGCUGAAGAAAAUUGAUAUGAAAAUGUCUGAUACCCAGGGUGGAUAUAAACUUGAUGAGGCACAAGCCAUUUUAAAUGAAAUGAAAGCUAUCAAGAAGGCCAUAACUUCAGGAGAGCAAGAAAAGCAAGAUCUCAUUGAGAGUCUCGCCAGACUAAAAGCUAAUUUUGUGACAAAUAAAAGAUCACAUUCAGACUUGUGGGCCAGCAGCACUUCCUUGGGGACCUCCCAUUGCUCAAUACCUGUGAUGUACCUGGAUGCUGGCUCCCAAACAGAUGUUUCUGGAAAUUUUUUUGUGAGCUGUAAUAAUCAGUUGGCUGAGAAAGUAAGAGUGCGUCUCCAAUAUGAAGAUGCUAAGCGAAGAAUAGCAAACUUAAAAAUACAACUGGCUAAAUUGGACAGUGAGGCCUGGCCUGGUGUGCUUGAUUCUGAACGAGACAGAUUAAUGUUAAUAAAUGAGAAGGAGGAACUUCUAAAAGAAAUGCGGUUCAUUAGCCCAAGAAAAUGGACUCAGAUUGAUAUGGAAAAAUUGGACAUGAAGAGAAAGCGUCUGGAAGAAGACCUUCAGACCGCAAGAGAUACACAGAGCAAAGCUUUAACAGAAAGGUUGAAAUUAAGCAGUAAAAGAAAUCAGCUGGUUCAAGAACUAGAGGAAACAACACAAUUGCUAGCAGUGUUGCACAUGCAGUUGAAAAAUUUAUCCUCUAGCAUGCUUUCCUUAUCAUCUGGCAGUAGUCAUGGCUCACUUGCAUCCAGUAGAGGAUCUCUGGUCACCUCAAGCCAGGAUUCUUCAACUUCAGCCAGCUUUAGUGAUCUGUUCAAUGAACAGUUUGAUCAGCUAGACUCUGACUAUCAGAAUAAAAUGGACCUCUUGCUUUUGGAGAGAACCACUGGUUUUCGACCUUCAGGGUGCAUCACUACUAUCCAUGAGAAUGAAGUAGUGAAAACACAGAAAACAGAUUCUACCAGCCGCUUACAGACCUUGAGAUCCUUGUCUGGAACCCCCAAAUCCUCAACAUCUUUAUCUCCAAGGUCAUCCCUCUCAUCUCCUUCUCCACCAUGUUCGCCUUUAGUGACAGACCCAUUCUUCAUAGGAGAUGCCUUUAUGAAUCAUGCAGACUUUGAAGAUACUGAAAUAAACAGUGGACUUGCUGAACUUGGUCUAAACUCUGGAGGUGGUAAGAAGUAUAGAAUAGAAGAUUCUAGGAUUGGAGUCAAACAUUUGGACCAAGCUGUAAAUAUGAUUGAAGGAUCUGUACUGAAAGUGGCAUGUGUAUCAGCCGCAGUGUCAGAUGAGUCGGUUGCUGGAGAUAGUGGAGUGUAUGAAGCAUCUGUACAAAGGCCACGUAUCUCAGAAACUGCGGUGUUUGACAAUGAUGAUACAGAUGCACUUAUUACGGCUAAAGUUCAAAUUUCAAUGAAGUACGAUGACAAAAAUAAACAAUUUGCAGUAUUUAUUGCCCAGUUGAAUAAUGUGCCUGCUCUUUUACCACAGCAAGACCAGAAAGUGAGCAUUCGUGUGGCUGUCCUCCCUUCAACUGAAAGCACAAGCUGUUUGUUCCGCACAAGACUCAUGGACGCAUCAGACAGUCUCACGUACAAUGAAUUAUUUUGUGUUACAAUCCCUCAUUCAGUUUUGCGACAGAAGACACUAAGGAUUGAUGUCUGCACUUUAGAUAAGUUCCACCUUGAAGAAUGCUUGGGAGGUGCACAAAUUAGCCUUGCUGAGAUUUGCAGAUCAGGGGAAAGUUCAACACGCUGGUACAACCUCCUCAGCUAUAAAUAUCUGCAACGGCAUAGUUGUGAAAAUAAGCAAGAGAAUACUUGUUCUGAGCUACCCUGCACUGAGAAAAUGGAUUCUGUAUCUGCAUUGCUGGAACAGACUGUUGUUGAACUAGAGGCUGUAGAGAAAAAGCUAGGAGAAACUACUUUACUUACUGAUGAAACCUGGCAAGAUAAGGGAGAUGCUGAGCAGGAUGGAAACAAUGAAACUGAAAAUGAUGAGACUGAAGCAGAAGAAGAAUUUUAUGGCAGAAGGACUGUAUGGGCCGCUGAAAAGACCUUGUUACCCUUGUGGCAGGCUGAGUCAGCAACCAUCAAGGUGGAUAAAGAGACCAACACAGACAAUCUUACACAAUCUUCUGUAGUAGUUCGUCCAAAAGAUAAAAGACCACCUAAUCCUUUACAAACACCCUUUAUUAGAGGCAGCACUAUCAUCCGCUCCAAAACUUUUUCUCCGGGACCACAAAGCCAGUAUGUGUGCCGGCUUAAUCGUAGUGAUAGUGAUAGUUCAACACUAUCUAAGAAACCAUCUUUUGUUCGGAAUGCUGUUGAGAGACGAAGUGUCAGAAUGAAAAGGUCUUCUCUUAAAACUCUUGGACCUGAGCGUUUGAUCCGUACCUCUCUCGACUUAGAAUUAGACUUGCAGGCAUCAAAGACCUGGCAUAGUCAGUUGCUGCAGGAGAUUUCUGUCCUCAAACAGCUAAAGGAACAGUUAGAGCAAGCUCAAAGUCAAGGAGAAAAAGAGUUACCCAGAUGCAUAGAUGAGGAUGAGCAAUUCAGGAUGUUAAUGAGACUGGUGGAGAAACAGACCGAAAAGGCUGGAUGUAAGUGUGAACAGAAGGCUGAUAAAAUGAUGAGGGCAGCUGCUAAAGAUGUUCAUAGGUUACGAGGGCAGACCCGAAAGGAACCCCUCGAGGUGCAGUCAUUCCGAGAGAAGAUGGCAUUUUUCACACGACCUAGGAUAAAUAUUCCAGCUCUCUCAGCAGAUGAUGUUUAAUGUCUAUUUAAGUAUUUUGUUCUUCAACCACUUCCGAAAAGUAUCAAAAAGUAUAUGUCGUUUCACUGAAGUUUAUUUAUAUCACAUUAUCAUUGUUAGUACAUUGAUGGCUUUAUCCGUUCUAGGUCCAGAUUUUUAGCUUUCUUUUUUUCCACUGCAAAUGCCAGCAUUAAAAUUACAUUAUCAUAUA